GACGUAGAGUGGUGCAGUACUGUGUACUCUUUGGUAAUAUUUACAAAACCUGCAAGUCUAGAAUUUCAAAGCGUUUAUACUAAAUUAUACUGGAAUAAAAUGAAUCAUAGGAUACUGGAACUAUACAGUGGCAUAGGAGGUAUGCACUGUGCAUGGAAAGAAUCCGGUCUGCCUGGUGAAGUAGCAGCAGCCGUUGAUAUAAACACAGUGGCCAAUGAGGUUUAUAAACACAAUUUUCCAGAAACAAAAUCACUAACCAGGAACAUUCAAACUUUGACUAAAAGUGAGAUUGAAAAGUUGAAUGUUGAUACAAUCCUAAUGUCUCCACCAUGCCAGCCGUUCACAAGGAAUGGAAAGUAUUUAGAUGAAGAAGACCCAAGGACUAAUUCACUACUAGCAAUAUUGCAGUUGUUGGAAGAGCUGAAUUGUAUAGAAUACAUUUUGCUGGAAAAUGUAAAAGGUUUUGAAUGUUCUUCAGUACGGAACAAAUUUAUUGAGGCAUUGAAGAAAUGUGGGUUUGAGUUUCAAGAGUUUCUGUUGAGUCCGUCGAGCAUUGGCAUUCCCAACUCCAGGCUCAGGUAUUACUGCACAGCGAGGAGGACACAAGUACCUUGGAACUAUCAAAGGACAGAUGAAAUCGUGUUAACCCUUGACAGGGUCUACCCAGAGCCUGAUUCUUUAGAAAAUAUCCUAGACCCAGAGGCUGGAGAUGAAUACCUGUUGCCAGAUAAAUAUCUGAAGAGGGCAAACUGCCUAGACAUUUGCUAUAAGGACAGCAAGAGAUCCUGCUGCUUCACAAAAGCUUACUCCCACUAUCUGGAUGGCACCGGAUCAGUCUUUACUCCAUGCAGCCAGGAAAUGGUAGAAUCCUGCUUCAAAAAUGCUAACACCCAUGAGCUUGGUGGUCCUGACUACAUAGAACAGAUCAAACAAUUGAAAUUAAGGUUCUUUUCACCAAAAGAAGUGUGUGCCUUAAUGGCUUUCCCUAAGAAAUACAGUUUUCCCAAACAUAUAACUAGAAAACAGUGCUACAGACUAAUAGGGAAUAGUGUAAAUGUAAAAGUUAUCAGUGAAUUAUUAAAAAUAUUAUAUUCAUGACAAUAAAUAACAGUAUCACUUUAUGUGUGUCAUAA